AUGCCCGCAGACCUACAAGAGAAAACGUACCGGGCCUCCUGUCCCCUGGCCAUCGGUGCGAACCUCCCCGACAGACGAGUUCCAUCCUGCGGAUUCUUGCCAGCCGUCAUUGGAGGCCUUCCCGCCGCCACAGCAACCAUCCGCGGAGCCUUCGGCACCACCGCCACCAGCGUUACCUGCGGCUACAAUCUUCCGCCCAGCAGGCGUCGUCCAAGGCUCCGAAGCACGGUGAUAAGGCAAAAAAGCAAGCCUCGAAGAACGGUGCCCAAACAGACAACGAGAAAGGCAACGCUUCCUGACAAGCUAAAGGACAUACGCAUCAAAAUCAAGAAGUGGAAGAGAUCGCGGCCAAAGAAGCCACCCCAGGCCGAAGACAAAGUCGCCAAUCCUUCUGCGAAAACUUGCGACUCCAAGGAGGCCGAUUCGUUUGCGCUGCCAACGACGUUCUUGUCCCGUGCGCUGCACAUUCGCGUGCCAGAAAUGGGCAGCUCUAUCCGCCAAUUAUACAUAAUCCUAUGGAAAGACAUCUACAUCAACCAAAUCCGGCGUCACGUUGUGUGGACCUUGCUCGAGCUGGCGUUCGCCGUCAUCGCUAUGUACGGUAUCGGCAAGGACAGCCUAGAGCAGCGCUUCGGCGGCCCCAUUCCAGAGGAGGCCUUCGCACGCGUCCAGCCACUCCAGCUUUGGGAACACACCGCCACCAAGAUACUCUACACGCCCGACGUGGAACUGCUCGCCAAGGUAAUACGCAAGGUUCGCGAGGACCUGUCCAUCGAGUCAGCAGAAGCGGUGGCAACGCCGAGCGAACUAGACGACCGUGUGGAGCGGGGCUUCGACCAUUACGGCUCCGUAGUGGGUGUCGCCUUCGAGGAGGACCUCAGCGACGUGCACAACUUGCCGGACCAGAUGCGGUACCGCGUCCGUAUGCAAGGCCGCGGAUUCGACAUACACCUACGAUACUGGAAGGAUCUGGAGACUCCCGGCCCGCUGCCCGUGUACUCGACGAGCGAGAUGAACGCCUUGCUGCCCCUGCAGUACUCUCUGGAGCACCACAUGCUGCACCAAAUUUUGGUGGCACUGUUCGGCGAGGCGACGGCUGAGCCGGUUCAACUGCAGCUGCAGCGCUUUCCCUAUCCGGCUUACUAUCCCGAGGGCUUCAACAGCACCUACAGCCGCAUGGUGUUUCACUUCGGCGUCGGCUUUCUGCUUCCGUUCGCCUCGGUCGUCGCCAAGAUCACGGAUGAGAAGUGCUCCGGAAUGCGGGAGCUGCUGAGCAUUGCCGGCACGAGCGAGCUAGUCUACUGGGGCAGCCACUUUCUGAGCGCGUCGUUCACCACGCUCCUGCUCAGCUGCGUCUGCAUGCUCUUCCUAUUCGUGUUCGGCACCGAGCCGGCGCUCAGCUACUCCGACCCGCUGCUCGUCUUCGUCGUGCUCAUCACCUUCAACAGCCUCACCAUCCUGCACGCCAUGUUCGUCUCGGUCCUGCUCACCAGCAGUCGACUGUCGAUCAUCUUCUCGAUGAUAUACUGGAUCUGCAGCAUCGCCUUCCCCUAUCUGAUGCUUCAGAAUCCACUGGGCCGUGGCUACUAUCUGCGAAGCCGUGCUUCCAAGAUAAUUACAUCCAUGUCGCCCGGCAUGGGCCUCCAUUGGGCAUUCAUGGUCAUCGAGCGAUUCGAGAGAUUCCGUGGCGGUGUUAACUGGAGCAACAUGAACGACUCUGCGUCCACGCUGGACAACGUAAGCCUGUCGGACUUGCUGAUGGUGAACGUGUGCACCUGCUUCUUGAUGAUAUUCCUCAUCUGGUACAUGGACAACAUCAUACCUUGGGGCCCGGGCAUCCACAAGCCACCAUGGUUUCCUUUCCUGAAAAGCUACUGGAUUCCUCAGCCCACGAAGAAUGUUAAGAACCGCCCGAACCCGGACCCAACACUCUUCGAGACGGACCCACGAGAUCUCAUUCCAGCCAUACAAGUCACUAAUCUCAAGAAGAUCACGGUGCUUCUCGGUCCAUGUGGAUCCGGUAAAUCAACUGUGAUCAAGAUGGUGACAGGCCUAGUGCAUCCAUCAAGCGGACAGGUUAUCGUAGACAACUACGAUGUGGUUCUGCACACUGAGGAGGCCCGGGAGCGCAUAGCGUACUGUCCCGCUGACAACGUGCUCUUCGACGAGCUUACCGUCGAGGAGCAUCUGCUCUUCUUUGCCAUGUUGAAGGGGCUGGGUAUGAGCAAGAUUCGACCGGAGAUCAACCUGCUGCUCACGGACAUCCAGAUGUCCGCUUACAUGAGCUACCGGCCCUCGACCCUGUCUGACGGGCUGAAGCGCCUGCUCUGCGUCGCCAUUACGCUUCUUGUAGCGUCUAAGUGCAAGAUCAUGAUCUUCGAUGAGCCGACGGCCACCAUGGACCCGCACAGUCAGCGCGAGGUGUGGGAACUGCUGCUGAAGGCGAGGCGCCACUGCUGCAUCCUGCUGACCACGCAGAACUUGCACGAGGCCGACGUGCUGGCCGAUAAGAUCGGAAUCAUGAACAAGGGGCUGCUCUGGUGCAGCGGCUCUCCGGUCUUCCUGCGAGAGCGCUUCCGCGCGGGCUACAACAUCCGCAUCACGAAGGAACCCGGCUGCGACGCGGCCGCCAUCGAGGCCCUCUUCCGGCGAUACAUCCCGAACGCGGUCGUCAAGCUGGACACGAACUUCGAGGUCCAGUACGCGGUCGGGGUCAACCCCGGCAGCCGCCGCCUGACGGCCAUGUUCAAGGAACUGGACCGCGACCGAGAAAGCCUCAAGAUCGGCGCCAUGAGCGUGGCCAUGUCUUCGCUCGAGGAGGUUUUGGACAAGGUGACCAACGACCCCAGCUUCCACACAGGCGUCGAUGCUGGAACGUCUGUGUCGACCGACCGCGACUACGUGUACAAGCCCCGCCGAGCCCCUGGCAAGAGGACGUUUCCAAGCCAACUGGCAUGGCUACUCAAGAAGCGCUUUUACAUCUGGCUUCGUGACUGGCACCCACCCGUAGUCCGCUGGGUGGUUCCCGUGUGCGUGCUCCUGUUGGCCACCUACUUCCAACACCUGUUCACCGAGGAUAGGAUCGUGUCUUCGGACUUCUACAAGGACCGGUUCUUCUACUCCGUCAGGACUCUGCACGUGCCGGCGGUGGGCUUCAUGACGGCCAACGGUAGCACCGACCCCGUGGCACGUCACCUCAUGAAGAUCUUUGCCGAAGAGGACGUCCACCUCAUCGACGUCACUGCGGGCCACACCAACUCGCGCCUCCUGGACUAUGCCUACGACAACCCGAGGGCUUACAACUACCUCCUGCUCUUCGGCGCCGUUCUCAAGGAAAACUCUGCGGCCACGCUAUGGUUCAACGGCCAGAGCCCGCACGCGGCGCCGCUCAUCGUCAACAUGUACCACUCGGCGCUCUUGAGAAACAUCACUCAGCGGCCGACGGCGCGCUUCCUCCUCUACAACCACCCGUACAGCAACGACACGCUCGCGGAGCACCACAGCGCCGACGACGACGACAGCGAUAUACAGGAUUUGCAGGCAAGCGUGCAGAGCAAGCUGUUCAUCGCUGGCCUUCCACUCAGCGCCGACGCGCUCCUCAUCGAAGUGCUCAUGGGCAUAUUCACCCCACUGGCGCUGUGCUUCCACGCGGCCAGCUUCGUGGUGUACCCCAUUGUCGAGCGCUGCUCGAAGUUCCAGCACCUGCAGAUGAUGACCGGCGUGUCGGGUGCCGUCUACUGGCUCAGCAACUUCAUCUUCGACACCCUGCUCGCCGCGUCCUGUGCCGUGAUCUUUGUGCCCACCAUCUGCUUCAGCCACAGAUACACCCAGAAAGCCGAGUACAUAGCUAUGCUGGCUCUCCUCUUCGUGGCGCACGGCCUCUCCAUGGUCCCUUUCUGCUACCUGGCGUCUACUCUAUUCUGCGACAGUUCGUUUGCCCUCUCCAUCAUGGUUAUCUUCUUCUUUUUCAUCG